AUUCAAAGUUUAGGUUCAAUUCCACCGUGUUCCUAUAAAUAGAUUGAAAUCAGACUAAUUCCCAAUCAAGCAUCCUUGUGUUUGGUGCACCACAACAAAGAAAGAUGGAAGCUAUUUCUACUAUGUCAAGUACUCAUCAACCAGUAAGGUCCAUUAGUUUGCCCACAAGAGUGCACCCUUCUUCUCAAAGAGUUGAAGCACUUUUGAACCAUCUUAAGCCUCACCAUCUUCCACAAUCUGUCUCAACAACCACAAGUUUGGAAGCAGAGACAAUUCAGAGCGAUUUGGUAGUGCUUGCUGAGUUGUACAACUGCAUGGAGGAACUCUUCCAUUCUCCACAGACCCAACAAGCACUUUUGCACUACCAGAACGGGAAACUAGUGGAAGAGGCACUGUGUGGCUCAGUGACACUCCUAGAUGCAUGUGGCACAGCAAGGGACUUAUUGUUGGCUCUUAAAGAACACAUGCAAGCCCUUCAAUCAGCCAUGCGUAGAAGAAGAGGGUAUUCAAGCAUCGAAAGCAGCAUUUGUGAAUAUGAUAGCUUCAAGAAGAAGGCUAAGAAGGAGAUUACCAAGCAACUAGAGGCAAUGAAGAGAAUGGAGAACAAAGUUAAUAGUUUUGCCCUAGUGGGUCAAAGUCAAACUCAAGAUCAGCAUUUGAUAUUCCUGGCCAGAGUUCUAAGAGAAGCAAGCAUCAUCACUAUCUCUAUAUUUCGUUCUCUUUUGUUGUUCCUCUCAAUGCCAGGACUCAGAACAAAAGGGACCUCAAUGAUCUCAAAGCUAAAGCCAAGGUUGUUUUCUUCAGAGAAAGAACAUAAGAACAUCAAUGUUGUGGAUCUUAGUUCUGUGUGCACCCUCCUUGGAAGAGGAAAUCAGAGUGAUGUCAAGUUUGAAGUUCAAAGUGCACUAAGAGUGUUGGAGACACUGAAUAUUAGCAUCGAGGGUCUCGACGGUGGAUUAGAUUGCAUUUUCAGACGUAUAGUACAAAAUAGAGUGUCGUUUCUUAAUAUGCUUGCUCAUUAGCACAAUGAUGAGUGAAGUGUUUAUCAAUCAAUACCUUGUAAAUGUGAAUGAGAGCGAUCAUAUAGUCCGAAUUUUAAAGGAUUUGCUCUACAAAAAUCAAUGCAUGUUUGAAUA